AUGAAAUGUAUAGAAGGUGAGCCCGAUCAUCCCACUAAAGAAUCACACAUUGGUAUUAAAGCGCGAGUUCGAUCACGUUGGCGGAGUAUCUUCUCAAAGAAGAAUAGCGUCGUAAAACUUCGUGACUACAACAGGAUCUCCAUUGAUUCGAGGUUCAUUCUACCAGAAAGCGAGCAUCCACUUGUGGGCACAAUUGUUGCUCAAGCAACAGUCGAACCAGUACCAUUACCGGACGGUGAAGGUGUUGCUUUAAUUCAAGAGACUCAACACUUUUCCGAAAGUAAAAUAAUAUUAUCACCGGAGGAACCGAUAAUCAGGAAUUUGUGCGAGCCAUCUCCAAAAAUAUUGACCAGAUUUUCAUCAGGAGAUAUUACGAUGCUGCAUCAGAUGUUCGAAGAAAUUCCAGAUAUUAAGGAAUUCAGCUUCGAUGGUAUGACAUUCACAGAGCAAACAGAUAAAGCAACUGGUAUCGUCACGGCCUGUCUUAAACCAGGGCCCAAUUGCGAACUUGAUCAUCAAAAAUUGUUCCUGAAGCAAUGUCUUGAUGAUGUCGAAAACCGUCCAAGAAAUUUGACGUAUACUGCAACAGGAUGGGCACUCGAAGAUUUUGAGAGUAUGAUGAAGCACAUGCUGCGUCGACCGGAUUCCCCAAGAACAUCAUUUCUUCGAAUCGAGUUCAGUGAAUGCAUACCAUCGCUGAAAUACUUAUGCGAGUUUAUCAGUGGCUACGCAAAACUUCGUGGAUUCAAUGUGAAGAAGAAUUACGUUUAUGCAACGAUUCACUCGAAAAAACUAUCUCAACAAAAGAAACUUCGUGGAUUGAUGGAGCCAUUUUUGGAAGUGGAAGAAAAGGUUUUACGAACAAAAAUGUCAUACAUCACGGAUUUAUCACUAUCUUCGGCGAAACUUCCAAACGUCAUGAUUGUUCUUCGUUACUAUCAUCUACGAUCUCCAAAAGAAAAAGAAGAAAACGUGUUUCAAACGACACUUCAAGUUGAACAAAUCACUGGGUAUAACCCAAUGAUUUGUAAGAAAGUUCAGCUUUGCGAUAAUUCUUUCGAUGAAACAUUGCAAUUUGAUGACGACGAUCAAAAAGUAGCGGAAAUGGAGAUGAAAAACGCUAAGCGUCGUAAGAACGGUAUAGAUGAGACUGAUGGAGUUAUAAAUGGCAAGGAAGACGAGAAGCCGUAUUCCGAAAUGUUCCCGAUCCUAUUUGAGCUGCUUGGAAAGACGGAAAUGCUCAACGAGGAAACUUAUUCGGAGUCUGAGUCUGAACUGGAAAGUUUCGACACCGAUGGUAACAAUUCGGAUUGUUCAGACAAUACGGAGACGUCGGAAUCGGACACCGAUGAAUAG